AUGGCGGACUCAGACACGAUCAAUGAAUUUUCUGGGAAGCUAUCUCAGCUUGCAUCAAAAGCUACAGCUCUCAGAGGAACGAUUGAUGAACCAAGACUAGUAAUGAAAUUUCUCAACAUUUUUUCGAGAGGCAAGUUCAUUCAAAUUGUUGCUUCCCUCGAACAAGUCCUUGAUCUGAAGACAACAGGGCAUUUUGCUUCAGUCUGUCCCGACAGGAAGCAGAAUCAAGAAGCAAACAAAGUAGAGACCGAAGAAGCAGACGAAGCUCUCUACAUGCACAAGACAGUGUUCCUUAAUGAGGAGAGCUUGGUACCUAAGAAAUACGAGAAAGAAAAGGGCAAAGAAGGUACCUGGUACUUAGAAAACGGAGCGAGUAAUCACAUGACUGGUGUGAAAUCAUUCUUCCUGGAAUUGAAUGAGAAUAUCAAGGGUAAGGUAAAGUUUGGAGAUGGAUCAUGUAUCGAUAUUGGUAGCAAAGGAUUGAUUCUGUUUGAAGGAAAAACAGGCGAACAGAAGCUGGUUCCCGACAUCUACUACAUUCUCACGAUAAAAAGCAACAUUCUUAGCUUAGGGGCAAGCAAAAAAGCAUGGCUGAGAUGUUAG